AUGGAUGGUAUUAACUUGGGGCGAUACCCAGAGUUAGAAAACAACAGUGUUGUGCCGAUAGCGCUGGAUGGCUCACCAACGUCGGCUAACGGCUCAGACGUUUUCCUCUACGAUGACUCGUCCAUGUCCGACGGCAGCCUCUACGCGAGUGAUCAAGAAAAUCUGUCGACACCUCGGAAAAGGUCGGGUAUAAGGCGGCUGCAUAAGCGACGCUCACGGUGCCCACAGCAGCAGAUCCAGCAGCGUCAGGCUGCCAAUCUACGCGAGCGCCGCAGAAUGCAGUCGAUUAACGACGCUUUCGAGGGCCUCAGAGCUCACAUACCAACGUUGCCUUACGAGAAACGCCUGUCUAAAGUGGACACACUGAAACUGGCAAUCGGUUAUAUAAGUUUUUUGGGCGAAUUGGUCAGGUCAGACAGAACUAUUUCGGACACCAUGCUCUCAGGCGUUAGCAGCAAUACUCAUAAUAAGGAGGACCAGAAAAAGAUCAUCAUCAGAGGUAAGAAACAG